AGUGAGUCAGAGACCUCGACAAACACAGAGAGAGAGAGAGGAGAGGAGAGAAACCCCGACCGACCGAAUCGAGGACAGGAAAGCAGUUAAUCGGACGCGAACGAAGAACGAGAGAGAGCGACAGAGAGAGAGAGAGACGGGGAGACUGGGCUCAGCAGGGCUGUGGUGAAUUCAGAAGCUGAAAGAUGCAUCGAUUAAGGACUUGUGCUGCUAAACUGAGGCCAUUGACUGCCUCGCAGACUAUAAAAACAUUGUCACACAAUGGGCCAGCAGUGUCUAGGACGUUUCAGCAAGGCCGUUUCUACACUUUGCCUGUAGCUGCUGAGCCUUUCCUGAGUGGGACUAGUUCGAACUAUGUUGAGGAAAUGUACUUUGCCUGGCUUGAAAAUCCCCAAAGUGUCCACAAGUCUUGGGAUAUAUUUUUCCGGAAUGCCAAUGCAGGAGCGUUACCGGGUACAGCGUACCAAAGCCCCCCUCCCCUGGGCACCAGCCUGGCCACCCUGACCCAUGCUGGAGUAAAAGCACAACCAAAUGUGGAGAAGUUGGUGGAGGAUCAUCUGGCAGUGCAGUCGCUGAUCAGAGCUUAUCAGAUACGAGGGCAUCACGUAGCUCAGCUGGAUCCACUAGGAAUUCUGGCUGCGGACCUGGAUUCGUCCGUACCAGGAGACCUAGUCACCGCCUCAAACGGAAUUGACGUUGCUGUCUGCGAGGAUCGCCUGAGAAAGUUGACGGUAGGAGGCUUUUACGGCCUCCACGAGUCUGAUCUGGACAAGGUCUUCCAUUUACCUACAACUACCUUCAUUGGAGGCAACGAGUCUGCCCUUGCUCUUCGGGAGAUCAUUCGGAGGCUGGAGAUGGCUUACUGCCAGCACAUUGGUGUGGAGUUCAUGUUUAUCAAUGACUUGGAGCAAUGCCAAUGGAUCAGACAGAAGUUUGAGACUCCUGGGGUCAUGCAGUUCACCAAUGAGGAGAAGAGGACCCUUCUGGCGAGGCUGGUCCGCUCCACCAGGUUUGAGGAGUUUCUGCAGAGGAAAUGGUCCUCUGAGAAGCGCUUUGGCCUGGAAGGCUGUGAGGUGCUGAUCCCAGCGCUGAAAACGAUCAUUGACAAAUCUAGCGAGAGUGGCAUUGAUAACGUCAUCAUGGGCAUGCCUCACAGAGGUCGUCUGAACGUGUUGGCCAAUGUGAUCAGGAAGGAGCUGGAGCAGAUCUUCUGUCAGUUUGACUCCAAGUUGGAAGCCUCUGAUGAGGGCAGUGGUGAUGUAAAGUACCAUUUGGGGAUGUACCACAGGAGGAUUAAUCGUGUGACAAACAGGAAUAUAACUCUGUCGCUGGUGGCUAACCCGUCUCACCUGGAAGCCGCGGAUCCUGUGGUACAAGGCAAGACUAAGGCAGAGCAGUUUUACCUCGGUGACACCGAAGGCAAGAAGGUGAUGUCCGUCCUCCUACACGGUGAUGCUGCGUUUGCAGGGCAGGGCAUUGUCUACGAAACCUUCCACUUGAGUGACCUCCCGUCGUACACCACCCACGGUACUGUCCACGUGGUGGUGAAUAACCAGAUCGGCUUCACCACAGAUCCGCGUGUGGCCCGCUCCUCUCCAUACCCCACUGACGUGGCCCGCGUGGUCAACGCUCCUAUCUUCCACGUGAACGGCGAUGACCCUGAGGCAGUGAUGUACGUGUGUAAUGUAGCCGCGGAGUGGAGGAACACCUUCCACAAGGACGUGGUGGUCGAUCUGGUUUGCUAUCGGAGGAACGGGCACAAUGAGAUGGACGAGCCUAUGUUCACACAGCCGCUGAUGUACAAGCAGAUCAAGAAGCAGAAGGCGGUGCUAAAGAAGUUUGCGGAGAAGCUGAUGGCUGAGGGGGUGGUCAACCAGCAGGAGUUUGAGGAGGAAAUGGCCAAGUAUGAUAAGAUCUGUGAGGAGGCAUACACCCGAUCGAAGGAUGAGAAGAUUUCUCACAUUAAGCACUGGCUGGACUCGCCCUGGCCUGGUUUCUUCACUCUGGACGGCCAGCCGAAAAGCAUGAGCUGUCCCCCCACUGGCUUAAAUGAAGAGAUGUUGGAACACAUUGGGAAAAUUGCUAGCUCCGUCCCUGAGGAGGAUUUCACCAUCCACGGAGGCUUGACUCGCAUCCUGAAGGGCCGGGCAGAGAUGAUAAAGAACCGCACUGUGGAUUGGGCCUUGGCUGAGUACAUGGCCCUUGGCUCCCUGCUUAAAGAAGGCAUUCACGUCCGUCUGAGUGGCCAGGACGUGGAGAGAGGGACCUUCAGCCAUCGCCAUCAUGUUCUCCACAACCAGAAUGUGGACAAGAAAACCUGUAUCCCAAUGAAUCAUCUGUGGCCCAACCAGGCUCCAUACACAGUGUGUAAUAGCUCCCUGUCAGAGUACGGUGUGCUCGGGUUUGAGUUGGGCUUUGCUAUGGCUAGUCCCAAUGCUUUGGUUCUCUGGGAGGCUCAGUUUGGGGAUUUCCACAAUACUGCACAGUGCAUCAUUGACCAGUUCAUCUGCCCUGGUCAGGCCAAGUGGGUGCGUCAGAACGGCAUCGUGUUGCUGCUCCCUCACGGCAUGGAGGGAAUGGGACCCGAACACUCGUCUGCUCGGCCAGAGAGGUUCCUGCAGAUGUGUAAUGAUGAUCCUGAUGUGGUCCCGAAAGUGACCGAUGACUUUGCCGUACGCCAGCUGUACGACUCCAACUGGAUUGUGGUGAACUGCUCCACCCCGGCCAACUACUUCCAUGUUCUCCGCAGGCAGAUCCUCCUGCCCUUCAGGAAGCCGCUGAUCAUCUUCACACCCAAAUCCCUGCUGCGUCACCCUGAUGCCAAGUCCAGCUUUGAUGCCAUGUUCUCAGGUACGGAGUUCCUGCGAGCUAUUGUUGAGGAGGGACCGGCAGCUCAGAGCCCGGAGCAGGUGAAGAGGCUGCUGUUCUGCACUGGGAAAGUGUACUAUGAGCUGGCAAAGGAGCGUAAGAGCAGAGGGAUGGAGGCGGAGGUCGCUAUCACCAGGCUGGAGCAGCUGUCCCCCUUCCCCUUUGACCUGGUAGAUCAGGAGGCGGGGAAGUACAGCCAGGCUGAGCUGGUGUGGUGUCAGGAGGAGCAUAAAAACCAGGGUUACUACGAGUACGUCAAGCCUCGCAUCCGCAGCACCACACACCGUACCCGGCCCGUCUGGUACUGUGGGCGAGAGCCAGCCUCGGCCCCUGCCACCGGCAAUAAGAACACACACCUACACGAGCUGAAGCGCUUCCUGGACACCAGCUUCAACCUGGAAUCCUUCAAACACCUGGAAAACUAACCUCUCCUCUCGGAUCACCUUCUGUUCUCACUCUGAGGGACAUAGACUGUGCAUGCUACUGAGCUCUUUGGCGGGUGGGGUGGGGGGGACGUUUUGGGGGCUUUCACUUCAAAUAGAGAAAACAUACCUCGAAUCAGUGCAGGAAUUAUGAGGGGGGAGGGAAAAAUGUGUAUAAACAGGCCACCGGUGUGCUUUCCUUUCCAACGCCCGGCCCCCUCUCUCUCACGGCGGGGGAGGGGAGGAACUAGGCAAACAGGGCGGUUGAAAAGGCAGGAAAUUUUAGUGGUUUGUACAUUUUUGUGAAUAAGGAAUUUUUUUCUAUUUCUGAACUAGCCGUAGACUGCCUCGCCUCCCCCCCCCCAACCCCCCUUCUUUUCAUGGCUGAAUCAGGCUCUGAUUUUAGCGCCCACACACCCCAAUCACCCGCAACCUCCCCUCCUCUCUCCCCCCCACCCCCCACCCCCCCCCCCCCCCGCUACUGGGUAACCAGAAAUGUUCUUGGUCCUUGACUUGUGAGGAGAGAGAGAAGGGAAGACAAUGACAACAACAACGCACUUUUCAUCCAAUGCUUCUAGGAGGGAGAGGGAGAGAGAGAUGGUGAGGGGGAGGGGGGAGGCGUUGGCAGGGAGGGGAGGGGGGGAAAUCCUUAUAUCUCGAUCACCACUUCUGGGAGCGAGCUGCCAGUGCAAAAACUGAUUUAUUUAUUUUGGUACCAGAUAAAGUUUUCAACUGAAUUUUAGCUUCAUCAAUAAAGUCACUCCUUGUCAUGCAAACUCAA